UUUAAAAUGACUGACCACCUAGGGCACUUACAGAGACACCGUCGCAAACCAGUAGCUAGAGAGAUAGAGAGAGGAGGAAAGGCUUGUGGCAAGAGAGCUAAUUAACUGUAAAGACAGAGAAACUCCUUAGAUCAAAAUGUCAAAGGACGUGAUUGAGGAAGGGCAAACUCAUACGAAAGAUUAUGUUGAUCCACCUCCAGCACCACUUUUUGAUGUGGGUGAACUCAAGCUCUGGUCUUUCUUUAGAGCUCUCAUAGCUGAGUUCAUUGCUACACUUCUCUUCCUUUAUGUCACUGUGGCUACUGUUAUUGGCCACAAGAAAAACCAGGACGCUUGUGGUGGAGUUGGGUUGCUUGGUAUUGCAUGGGCUUUUGGUGGCAUGAUUUUUAUCCUUGUUUACUGCACCGCUGGUAUCUCUGGUGGACAUAUUAACCCAGCGGUCACUUUUGGCCUGUUACUGGCUAGGAAAGUGUCCCUAAUCAGGGCUGUGGGCUACAUGGUGGCUCAAUGCUUGGGCGCAGUCUGUGGUGUUGGCUUGGUCAAGGCCUUCAUGAAGCCAUACUACAACUCUCUUGGUGGUGGUGCUAACAUGGUGGCUCCCGGGUACAGCACAGGCACAGCUGUGGGUGCUGAGAUCAUUGGCACUUUUGUGCUUGUUUACACUGUCUUCUCUGCAACUGACCCCAAGAGAAGUGCACGUGACUCUCACAUCCCUGUUUUGGCUCCACUUCCAAUUGGGUUUGCUGUGUUCAUGGUCCACCUGGCCACAAUCCCUAUUACCGGUACUGGCAUCAACCCUGCUAGGAGCUUUGGUGCUGCUGUCAUCAUCAACGAUAAGAAAGCCUGGGAUGAUCAUUGGAUUUUCUGGGUUGGGCCAUUUGUUGGAGCAUUAGCAGCAGCUGCAUACCACCAGUACAUUCUGAGAGCUGGAGCCAUUAAGGCUUUGGGAUCUUUCCGUAGCCACCCCACAAAUUAAAUGAAAAGAGCUUGUCUUUAUCCACCCCCCCUGUCUCUAUUUGUUUGUUUGUGUGUAAGAGAGAUCGGAUUAUGAUGGACCUUUCUUUUUCUUCCUUUUGUCCUCUUAUUUAUAAUUUAAUAUCUUCGUUAGUUUUGCUGUGUA